UAUCCGAUGGUACAUUCUGUGGUUCCUUCCUCAAGCGCCGAUCAUGAUCAGGAAGUUUCGGGCGGUGGUGCAGCUUUGAGGUCGGUCUUAGUUUCAGUGUUUAUCAUCUAACCGGUUUUCAGGUCAAUAAAAAGCCAAAAUGUCGAGCAAAAGGGCUAAGGGGAAGACCACCAAAAAGCGCCCACAGCGCGCAACUUCCAAUGUCUUCGCCAUGUUUGAUCAGUCCCAGAUUCAGGAGUUUAAAGAGGCUUUUAACAUGAUUGAUCAGAAUCGUGAUGGUUUCAUCGACAAAGAGGACUUGCACGACAUGCUUGCAUCACUUGGAAAGAACCCAACAGAGGAAUACCUGGAAGCUAUGAUGAAUGAGGCCCCUGGCCCCAUUAACUUCACUAUGUUUCUGACCAUGUUUGGUGAAAAGUUGAAUGGAACAGAUCCUGAGGAUGUUAUUAGAAAUGCAUUUGCUUGCUUUGAUGAAGAAGGGACAGGUGCUAUCCAAGAAGACUACUUGAGAGAGCUCCUGACCACAAUGGGAGACCGGUUUACAGAUGAGGAGGUUGAUGAGCUAUUCAGAGAGGCACCGAUUGACAAAAAGGGCAACUUUAGCUAUGUUGAGUUUACACGCAUCCUGAAACAUGGCGCAAAGGACAAAGACGAUUAAGCAUGUAUUGCAGAAAUAUGCAAAUAUCUUUUUGUUCAUGUUAUAUAUCAUGUUUGUCUUUGAUUUUUACCUUGUAGAACAUUUUGUUGCAUGCCUUAGCUUUAAAACAAAAUAAAAACUUGCUUUUCACCAUAUUUAUAAACCUACUCCAAGUCAUUCUGGCAAAUUUGCACAAAUUUGUGUAAUUAAACUGAAAGUUUGGAAGUACAUUUGAAAUGAUGGUGGUGGUGGAGUGAACAUUCUGCUAAGAAAUACAAAAAUAAUAAUGUGAAAAUGAAAAUUACCCUGAAAAAAAAGCCUUUGUCAAUCUUACUCCUGGUUUAGCUGGAUUUUUACAUUUUGUAAUAAACUGAGACUUUUGAAAUAAAUAUCGCUAUCAACUCA